AUGGAGUUCUGCAAGAUCACCGACUGUCCAGAAGGGAGUCGAUGUCAAAAUCUGGUCCAUGGCUAUGAGUGUGUAUCCAACAUGACUUUGACCGGCAAUUCAAGUGGAUUACAGUACCGAUUAGAGCGCAGGGAGCACUCUAGCCGCUUUGGACAGCAUACAUGUGGCGUGGAGAUAGCAUGGAAUUUUGAGACGGAGCAUAAUGUCCUCCACCUGAAGAAAGAGAGCCAUGACGGAGACUGGGCUACGAUCAUUCUCAAGAUGGACAGCAAGCUGGUGGGAGGGUUUGAGGGGGCUCUGGAGGAUACACCACAGCAGCUGAACCCCACCAACUUCUCUCUCUCAGAGUGGCACAUGCUCAUAUCAACAGCUAACAUCUUUAUCGGUGGUGUCGGAGGUAAUGAAAUGCUGUCGACCAAGAAUGCUUACAUCACAGAAGGUCAAUCUAAUGAUGUGAGCUUGUCUGAUGAAACUGCAAAGAGACCGUACAAGGGUUGUAUUGGUGAGGUUCGCAUCGGAGGCCUUCUUCUUCCAUACUUCUCACCUGAAGAAACUCAAUAG